AUGGGUAGAGUAUACGAUUGGUUUGAAGAACGUCUUGAAAUUCAAGCAAUUGCAGAUGAUAUUACUAGUAAAUAUGUUCCACCACAUGUGAAUAUAUUCUAUUGUUUAGGAGGCAUCACCUUAACUUGUUUUUUAGUUCAAGUAGCAACUGGGUUUGCUAUGACUUUUUAUUAUCGUCCAACUGUUACUGAAGCUUUUGCAUCUGUUCAAUAUAUCAUGACUGAAGUUAAUUUUGGCUGGUUAAUUAGAUCAGUUCAUAGAUGGUCCGCGAGUAUGAUGGUUUUAAUGAUGAUUUUACACAUAUUUCGUGUUUAUCUUACAGGGGGUUUCAAAAAACCUCGUGAAUUAACUUGGGUUACUGGUGUUAUUUUAGCAGUAUUAACAGUUUCAUUCGGUGUAACUGGAUAUUCUUUACCUUGGGAUCAAAUUGGUUAUUGGGCUGUUAAAAUUGUAACAGGUGUACCUGAAGCUAUUCCUGUUAUAGGCUCACCUUUAGUAGAAAUAUUAAGAGGAAGUGUUAGUGUAGGUCAAUCUACAUUAACUCGAUUUUACAGUUUACAUACUUUUGUAUUACCACUUCUUACUGCAGUGUUUAUGUUAAUGCACUUUUUAAUGAUUCGUAAACAAGGUAUUUCAGGUCCUCUAUAA